AUGGAGGAACUCAAUCAGAAUAAAACAAUUCAUCAGCUUCCAGAAGAGAUCAUUGCUAAAAUAUUCAAAUCUUUGAACACCGGAUCAUUAAAAUAUGCCGCGCUUACUUGCAAAUCAUGGAAUGAUAUAGCAUCCAGAAUGGAUUGGAGUUUAAAAUUAGAUUCUGGAACUUCCUCACAACAUGAUGAAGAAAAGUUGCUGGAGNCGAAAAUCGCAAAUUGGCAGAAGAUUUUUUUUAUCAGCUCGUUAGUAUUACCUCAAGCUGCAGUAUAA